CUUACUAUACAAACCCAACAAACACAAAAUCAAACCUCAAAAACUCCCCCAAACCAAUCCCCCACUCCCAACUCUCCACUUCCCUUUCCACAAAACAAUGGCCAUUCAUUUCCACUGGUCACUACACCUCUACCCCAUCCUAAUCUCACUCCUAACCAUCCCCGCCGCCGCCGCCUCCGCCACCACACGCUGCCGGACCACCUGCGGCACGAUCCCAAUCCGCUACCCGUUCGGCAUCGACGACGGCUGCGGCAGCCCCUACUACCGCCGCCUCCUCCUCUGCUCCUUCAACACCCUCCACCUCCGAACCCCUUCGGGCACCUACCAAAUCAAAUCCAUAUCCUACACGGACUCCCCGCACCUAAUCCUCACGGACCCAUCCAUGUGGGCCUGCAGCGACGGGCCCAACUUCCGGCCCACCCAGCCCUUCAGCCUCGACUCCAGCACCCGCCUCACCCUCUCCCGACACAACGACUACCUCUUCUUCAACUGCAGCCCGGCCCGCGUCAUCAUGGAGCCCAAGCCCGUGUUCUGCGAGCGCUUCCCCGACCGCUGCGACUCCACGUGCGACACCGCGGGUUACCUCUGCCGCCACCUGCCCGGGGCGCCUACGCGCUUUCGUCACGCGCCGGGGCGGUGUCGUGCUGCUCGUAUUCCCCCAAGGCGACCGACUCGCUGA